AUGGCGGGGCCGUUUCUCACUUGGCGUGCCAAGUUUGCUCUUUUCUUUAUGGCAAUCUUAUCGUUGGUGGCGACAGCCUCUGCUCAAGCGCUCUAUGCCCUGAAUUAUGCAGACUCAAGUAUGUUGACUGGGGCGAGUCAAGCUUGUCUGGACGCGUAUAACGCCAACGUCUCCUGCACCCGGGCGAUUGGGUAUCUGUACUCGGACCUCUGGCCCAAUUUCAAUAAGACGGUAGUUGAUAGCCUCUGCACUGAAGACUGUUUUCAGAGCCUCGUAGAUCACAGGCGCAACGUUUCUGCACAGUGCGCCUCUAACGUGACUUUCUAUGAUAUUGGAGCUGGCUCUACAUGGCCAGCUACCUACCGAAUCGAUCAGGCCAUAUAUGGCUACAAUCUCACAUGCGUGAAACGAAGCGAUGGAGAGUAUUGUAAUAUUUGGUUUCAAACAGGAGUUGAGUCGACAACGAACCCGGAAUGUGACGAGUGCUACCUAGUCACUGCCUACAUGCAGGCCGAGUCACCCAUCGACCCUGACCCGGCGGAGAUGCAAUCAAUGUAUUCCUCUAUGAGUAGCAGCUGCCAAUAUACCGGUCCCCCGGCGACAAAAACCUUGACUAACUUGGUCCUCGCUUCGCCCACUGGCUCGCAUACCUGCAACUCACAGUAUACCAUUAAACCUGGUGAUACAUACUUUAGUGUGAGCCAGUCACAGAACGUCGCAACUCAUGAUCUCGUUACUGCAAAUGGACUAAAUUACAAUUUAACGGACUUUCCCACGAAUGGGACCCUCUGCAUUCGCAAUCAAUGCUCCACCUACGUCGUGCAGGCCAAUGACACAUGCAGCAGCAUUGCGACCGCAAACUCCAUUUCACUUGCGAAGCUUCACUCCUGGAACGCGCAGAUCAACGGCCUCUGCAACAACCUGGCGGACCAAGUGAACCAAACGAUUUGCGUGUCAAAUCCUCUGGGUGAUGCAUACAUUGUGGCCAGCAGCUCAGCCUCAAGCACGGAGAAAUUCACCUCUCCUGCACCCGAACCCACCAAUAUUGCCCCAAAUACCAACACAGACUGUGGCGAGUACUAUGGUGUCGUCGCUGGAGACGACUGCGGAACCAUCUCACUUAAGUAUUCCAUCUCCCUGGACGACUUCCUCUUCCUCAACCCUCAAGUUUGGGCGAAUUGCACCAAUCUCUGGGUCAAUACCUCCUACUGUGUCGCUCCCGUUGGCUCUAUCAGUACAUAUCCCGGCUAUACGUCAGCGACGGCGACCUUCAGUAUCACUCCGGCCAAUAGUACGCCCGUCCCAUGGAAGGACCUCUUUGCCCCCUCCAAUAGGUCGGUAACAAUAAUUCCUCUGGCAAGUGACACUCGCACGGACUGCUGGGACUACCUAUGGUGGAAGUCAAGUCUGAACUCCCCACCAAGCUGCUGGUCCCUCGCUAUCAGCUUUGACAUUACCGGCGAGCAGCUCGUGCUCUGGAAUCCAAGUCUCAAAGCCAAUGCCACAUUAACUUCUGAUGGAAUUACCAACACGGCUAAUGGCGCUGUCACUACUGCAUAUAAUUAUCCCUGUACCAUUGAGCCCAGCGUGUCGUAUUGCGUGGCGCUUGCCAGCCCGACAUCUGCAGCAAAGAUUUCGACCGCGCCCCCUUCUCCGCGUGCCUCAGGGGAGGCCGCCGGAUGUACAAAAUGGUUUCCCGGUAUCCUCAACUGCGCGUCACAUCUGUCCUUGUUGAGGAUGGAUCUGACUACAUUCUAUAGCCUCAACCCAUCAGUCAAGUCUGACUGCUUCGGCUACGUCCUGGGUACGUAUUAUUGUUACUCGACAAGUGUCGAUGGCUCUGUAGCCACCAGCAACGCAACAACCACCGCCACCAACACCAUUUCCUUCUCGCCAACUAUAACCACUGCCACACCGUCCUCCACGGGUAUUAUGACUCCAACACCCAUCCAGUCCGGCAUGAUCUCCACCUGCAACAAGUUCUAUGACGUUCAAACUGGCGACGGAUGCUGGGCUAUUGCGAACAAGUACAGCAUCUCAUUGAAUGAUUUCUACGCCUGGAACCCCGCUGUCGGCACAGAUUGCAGCGGCCUUUGGCCCAAUUACUACGUCUGCGUUGGAAUCGAAGGCUCUAGAUCUUCCUCCUCAAUUCCUCCUCCCUCCACCAGCACCAGCUCAUCAUCCACAGCGUCAACGUUGCCCGUCAGUACCAACGGGCUUUGCGGCAGCGCAGCGGUAUGGUCAGAAGCGGAUAUUCCGAUUACUACUGAUGCGUCCGCGGCGAAGGAGGCAGUUGAGCAGCUGUUUGAAGACCUGAAGAGAAAAAUGAAGAAGUAA